ACCCUACUUCCUUCACUCGUAGUCCUCACCGAUACCCAUCUUGUUUGCAAGUGAUUGCUUCGUUUGGCCAGCACAAGAUGGUUUCUAGGGUUCUUCUUUUUGCGCUUCUUGGUGCGCUUGUUUGCACCAUUGAUGCAAGGAAGCUUGGGAGUGAGAAGGGUGGUUUUAGGGAUGAGAAGAACUUCUUUCACCGUCCGGGAUUUGGAGGAGGUCUAGGAGGAGGAGGUGGAGGUGGUUUUGGUGGUGGUGGAGGAGGAGGGUUAGGUGGUGGCUCCGGAGGAGGGUUUGGUGCUGGUGGUGGUGCUGGUGCUGGUGGUGGAGCCGGAGGAGGGUUCGGGGGCGGUGGUGGUGGAGGAUUUGGCGGUGGCGGUGGAGCCGGUGGAGGAGCUGGAUUUGGAGGAGGGUCUGGAUUUGGAGGUGGUGCUGGUGCUGGUGGCGGCCUCGGAGGAGGUGGUGGAGGAGGGUUUGGAGGUGGCGGCGGUGCUGGCGGUGGACUUGGGAGUGGACUUGGCGCCGGAGGUGGAUUUGGCGGAGGAGCUGGUGGCGGAGGUGGAUUUCCUUGAAAGUUUGCAUGCACACAUACAUGGCUAGUCUUGUUAUCUUUGGCAUUAAUAACAUAAAAUGUAACUUUAAUAUAUGUUUACGUUCAAUAUUGUUGUCGUUAGUUUCGGGCAUUUAUCUGUCAAAUGGAAAUAACUCCUAUAUCGAAUAUUAAUAACUUUUGUUUAA